UCCACUCCACCCGACGGCAUUGCUUGUCCACAACUUCCAAGGCGCGCCGGUCAUGUCAUCCCCCUCUUUUGCCCCCUCGCCGCCGCCUGCUGCAGCUCCUGCUCCCUCCACGCCUCCAUCAAUGCCGGCCCUCCACCGCCCGCCACCCCGAGGCAGCUGCUGCUAUAUCCCACCCUCCAGGCACCAUCCUCCGCCUCCCCGCUCAUCAAACCCACUCUGCCGACCCGCUACGCUGCCAUGUCCGAGGCGGCCACCGUCCUUCCGUCCAUGCGCGACCCCGGCGACGGCCCCGAGCCGCCUGGCACGGUUCCCGCCCGGCCCGACCUUGAUUUGAACAAGUCAGCUGGCGACGACGAGGGCGGCGGCGGGGCUGCCGAUCGCUCGAGACGGGGCGGUGAAAGCGCCGCCGACGGAACUUCACAGUCUGCACAUGGCGAUGCCGCCAUGACGCGGCUGCCUGGAAGGAUUGGCAAUGCGGCUCCACGGGGGAGACGUGGUGGCGCUGCCCAAGGAAGAGGAAUGAGGUUCAGGGCUACUGGUGAUGCGCAUACCGAUCAGGAGCAGCCUCGCGGGGACCUCCCUGAAGGCGUCGCUGGACGACAGGCUACCGGUGCAGGUGACCACGGUCUGAACAAGGAACCUGCAAAUUUGGGAAUAGAUCGCGGAGCGGCCGAUAGAUUUGCGAGUGAAGCCAUGAUAACGCCACAGGCUGAGAGGGCUGUGAAUUGUUCUGCCAUUGACCGAAGUGAAAGCCCAGCUUCGCAGCCUAGAGGAAAUGAUCCCCCAGAAAUUAUCGCCAAAGACGAAGCCACGGCAAUGCUGCCAGUGCCAGAGAGGGUUGAAGUAGGUAACUCCCCAAUAUAUAUAACUGGUAGGAAGUUGGGUAAAGGUAGCUCUGGCAAGGUCUAUGUUGGCAGACGAUUAGGUAUGCCCAGUGGAGGGUACAAGGGUCGGAAUGCAAUUGAGGUUGCACUGAAAUUUGUGCAUCGGAGAAGCAGGGAAGGUAGCUGUGACCCCCCAUAUGAGUGGCAAGUUUAUCAGGCUCUCAAUGGUUGUUAUGGCAUACCGUCGAUACACUACAAGGGUUGCCAAGGAGACUACUACAUUCUUGUAAUGGAUCUGCUUGGUCCUAGCCUCUGGGAUGUUUGGCAUUCAGCAGGACAGGAGAUGUCAGUUCUAAAGGUUGCUUGUAUUGCCAUCGACGCCAUAUCAAUUCUUGAGAAGAUUCACUCCAAAGGCUUUAUACAUGGUGAUGUAAAACCUGAAAACUUUUUGCUUGGUCAGCCUGGAUCCGCUCAAGAAAAGAAGCUUUUUCUCAUUAAUUUUGGUUUAGCAUCUAACUGGAAAUGGAAAAGAGGAUCAUCCAGUAUGCAUGUUCAGUAUGAUCAGAGGCCAGACAUAUUUAGGGGAACAAUUAGCUAUGCUAGCGUCCAUGCCCAUUUAGGUCGUACGGGCAGUAGGAGGGGUGAUUUGGAGUCACUGGCAUACACCCUUAUAUUUUUAUUACGAGGAAGCUUGCCAUGGCAAGGCUAUCAGGGAGAUAACAAUAGCUUUCUUGUUUGUAAGAAGAAAAUGGAGAUUUCACCAGAGGUGCUGUGUAGCUUCUGUCCAGCCCCAUUCAAACAUUUUCUUGAGUUGGUUACUACUAUGAAAUUUGAUGAAGAGCCAAACUACCAAAAACUUGUUUCUCUCUUUGAUGAUUUGAUUGUCGGACCUGCUUCAAGACCCAUCAGGAUCGCUGGAGAUCUAGAGGUUGGACAUAAACGUGGAAGAAUUGCUGCAAAUCUUGAAGAAGAUGAACAGCCUAUGGAAAAAGUUCGGUUGGGGAGCCCUGCAACUCAAUGGAUUUCGAUUUAUAGUGCUAGGCAGAACAUGAAGCAGCGAUACCACUAUAAUAUAGCUGAUUCAAGGCUGCCUCAUCACAUACAAAAUGGUUAUGAAGAUGGCGUGUUCAUUAGUUGUAUAGCUUCUUCAAAAAAUGUGUGGGCUCUUAUCAUGGAUGCUGGGACCGGCUUUUCUUCUCAAGUUUUCGAUCUUUCACAAAAUUUCCUACAGAAGGAUUGGAUUAUGGAGCAGUGGGAGAAGAACUUCUACAUAACUGCAAUAGCUGGAGCAACCAAUGGAAGCUCAUUGGUUGUGAUGUCCAAAGGGACUCCGUACACACAGCAGUCAUACAAAGUCAGUGAAUCUUUUCCUUAUAAGUGGAUUAAUAAAAAGUGGAAAGAAGGAUUUCAUGUAACAUGUAUGGGUACUGCUGGGAACCGUUGGGGUGUUGUCACGUCGAGGAACACAGACUACUCCUACCAGGUUGUUGAGAUAGAUUUUGUGUAUCCAAGUGAAGGGAUCCAUCAGCAAUACGGCGCCGGUUACAGAAUAACCUCAUGUGCAGCCACGCCCGACCAAGCCGCUUUUAUCAUGAGCAUAACCAAGGAGUCCAGGACGAUACCAGUGGACGAAACUUUUCUAACUUCUGAUUUCCCCAGCAAGGCUACAAAGGAACAAUGGGCGAAGGACCUAUACAUCACCUCGAUCUGCCAUGGGCGAACUGCGUGUUGACGGCUGCGUUGGACCUUCAAGCAAGGCGAAUUACCGAGUGGUGGGAUUCUUUUGGGAUUUUACGUUGCAAAUGGUUGGCUCUGGCCUCUUGCAGUAACCUGCGGCUCUGAUUGUAAAGAAUCAUAUGGAGAGCUACGUAGAAACGCACCAGACCAUAUGUUUUUUUUUAGAAGAACAGGGAGGCCUCUCCCCGGUUCCAUUAACAAGAAUGAAACCAUACAUAGUCUUUUCUUA